AUGAGAGAAAAUAACCAACAAACAUUUUGUGAUCCAGGAUCGUCAAAAAUAAAUUUAAAAUUAAAUUUUUGCUGCCAUAAAAAGAAUUUUGGCAACAGAAAUGAUAGAAAUUUUGAAAAAGAAGAAAAUAAUUAUUUUAUUAAAAGAAGAAGAAAGGAAGAGAAUUUAAUCGAAAAAGAAGAAGAAAAACAACAAAAUAAAUUAAUUAAUAAUAGAAGAAGAAGAAUUAAUAAUAAUUUAAAAUUAAAUAAUAAAAGAGAAAAUAAUUUAGUAAUAAUUAAUAGGUAA